UGAAGAGCAACUAAUCAACUAUCUUCUUCCAAUAAAGGGAGGAAGGAGAUAGCAAGAAAUACAGGGUUGAUUGAUUAGUUCGGUGAAAAAAACCAACAAAUAAAAUGGGUCGCGGGGUGAUGUUCAUGUUGAUGCUAUGCAUCUUGGGGGUUGCCGUGAUGGGUGAAGACCCUUACAUUUUCUACACAUGGAAUGUCACCUAUGGUACCAUUUCUCCACUUGGAGUCCCUCAACAGGGUAUCCUCAUUAACGGCCAGUUCCCUGGACCAGAAAUCAACAGCACCAGCAACAACAAUGUGGUGGUGAAUGUGUUCAACAACCUCGACGAGCCCCUCCAAUUCACCUGGCACGGGGUCCAGCAGAGGAAGAACUCGUGGCAAGAUGGUGUCGCGGGAACCUCAUGCCAUAUCCUUCCCGGCACGAACUACACCUACCAUUUCCAGGUGAAGGAUCAGAUCGGAAGCUACUUCUACUACCCAACCACAGCCUUGCAUAGAGCCGCUGGUGGGUUCGGUGGCCUAAGGAUCUUUAGCCGAUUAUUGAUCCCUGUCCCAUACCCCGACCCCGAGGAUGAGUACUGGGUCAUCAUUGGUGACUGGUAUGCUAAGAGCCACAAAACCCUCAAAAGUCUCCUUGACAGUGGUCGCUCAAUUGGAAGGCCUAAUGGUGUUCUUAUCAAUGGCAAAACUGCCAAGGGUGAUGGAAGUGACCAGCCUCUCUACACAAUGAAGCCUGGAAAAACCUACAAGUACAGAAUCUGUAAUGUUGGUCUCAAGGACUCCCUCAACUUCAGGAUCCAAGGCCACCCCAUGAAGCUGGUCGAGACAGAAGGCUCCCACGUUGUCCAGAACACCUAUGACUCCCUCGAUGUCCACGUGGGUCAGUGCUACACUGUCCUCGUGACCGCCGAUAAGGACCCCAAGGACUAUUACUUGGUGGCCUCCACUCGUUUCACCAAGUACUCACUCACCGGAAAGGGAAUCAUCCGCUACACCAACGGCGUGGGACCUGCUUCACCUGAGCUCCCUCCUGCACCUGUUGGUUGGGCAUGGUCUUUGAACCAAUUCCGAUCCUUCCGGUGGAACCUCACCGCUAGUGCCGCCAGGCCUAACCCUCAGGGUUCUUACCAUUACGGUCAAAUCAACAUCACCCGCACCAUCAAGCUCGUUAACACUGUCUCCAAAGCUCAAGGCAAGCUCCGAUACGCAAUCAAUGGUGUCUCCCACGUCGAUGGUGAGACUCCUCUCAAGCUCGCCGAGUAUUUUGGUGUUGCUGACAAGGUUUUCAAGUACAACAUCAUCUCCGAUGAACCCCCAGCAGAUUUGAACACCAUCACCUUGGCACCCAAUGUCGUGAAUGCUACAUUCAGAACCUUCAUUGAGAUCAUCUUUGAGAACCCUGGCAAAACCGUCCAGUCAUACAACCUUGAUGGUUACUCAUUCUUUUUAGUCGCGGUAGAACCAGGGAAGUGGACCCCAGAGAAGAGGAAGAACUACAACCUUCUUGAUACCGUGAGCAGACACACCGUUCAAGUUUUCCCCAAAUCUUGGGCAGCUAUCAUGUUGACAUUCGACAAUGCUGGCAUGUGGAACUUGAGGUCGGAGCAUGCUGAGAAUCGUUACUUGGGCCAACAACUCUACAUUAGUGUUUUGUCCCCAGAACGUUCUCUAAGGGAUGAGUACAACAUUCUUGACUCUCAGCUUCUUUGCGGCAUCGUCAAGGACUUGCCCAGGCCACGACCAUAUGUCUAGAGUUGCCUUUUUUCCGUGCCAUACGGCUCUUAUUAAUUAAGAUGAUAUGAUAGAUUUGUUACAUGACUUUUCGGUCACUGAUGUAUCAACCCUUUCUUGAGUUCAAUUCAUUUUCCCUUUAUCAAUAUAGGUUAAUUUCUCCUUCA